CUUCACCUUCGACCUUAAACGGACGCCGAAGAAGAAGAACACGUGUUUCCUGUGUUUCCUCUUCCCCCUGCAUGGACAGAAGUCUGUCUUGUAAAUAAAUUGUAUUCAGCCAGCGAAAGGUUUUAAAAUGGUGCGUAAAUUAAAGCACCAUGAACAGAAGUUGUUGAAGAAGGUGGACUUCAUCAACUGGGAGGUGGACAACAACCUGCACGAGGUCAAAGUGUUGCGGAAGUAUCGCAUCGAAAAGAGGGAGGACUACACCAAGUACAACAAGUUGAGUCGUAACAUCAGAGAUCUCGCCCAGAAAAUCAGAGACCUGGAUGAGAAAGAUGGCUUCAGAGCUCAGAGCACACAUCAACUACUGGAAAAACUGUACAGUAUCGGUCUCAUGCCCACCAAACAGAAUCUGUCCCUCACAGAGAAAGUCACAGCUUCGUCAUUCUGCAGGAGGAGGCUGCCCAGCAUCAUGCUGAAACUCCGUAUGGCUCAGAACCUGAAGACGGCCAUCACCUUCAUCGAACAAGGACAUGUGCGUGUUGGCCCAGACAUCGUCACAGACCCAGCUUUUCUCGUCACAAGAAAUAUGGAAGAUUUUGUUACUUGGGUGGACUCCUCCAAGAUCAAGCAGCAUGUCAUGAAUUAUAAUGAUGAGAGGGACGACUUUGAUCUGGUGGCAUAAGACUGUUUUCUUACAUCCAUUGGUCACCCUGGAGGAUAGGAAAGGGACAGUACUCUGCUCUUGUAACUAUGGCGUGAAUAACUCUACAACCCAGGAGUCAACAGUUUGAAUCUCUUAUCAACUUUGAAAUUGUGGCAAGAAAAUAAGUGCUCUCGCCUUCUUAAUAACAAUAACUAAAGUUUCAUCUGAGCAUGGACAAAGGAACACACUAUCUAUUCUCCUAUACCUUAAUGUUGUUUGUGCUGCAUAAUGUGUUCUUUGUGUGAACGUGAGCUGGCUUCACAGGGUAUGUAUGUGAUCAUGGAAAUGCUGGUGUAGGCCCAGAUGAGACACAGCGCGUUUGUCAACCGUUCUUUUGCUGUGAAGUUAAAUGACGUCUGCCGUUUUUUCCGCUCCGAGUUAGUUUUUUUCAACUCAAGGCGUUCAGGAUGCUCCUGCCGCAACCAAAAAGCUUCACUCUCAUUUAAAACCAUUCAAAAAAAAGCUGCCCCAGGCUGCUUAAACGUCCUCUGUCUUAUCUGGGCCUUAUAAGUGUGUAUAUACCAUGAAGAGGACUAUUGCUGUCUGUUCAUAUUAACAUAACUUGUCAUAAAUACAGUUGUAAAAUAGAAACUAUAGUUCGAUAAAUAUUUAAUAUUUUCAAUAAGACUUUGUUACAAUGUAAACUCUGUCAACAAUAAACAUUCUUUUAUCACA